AUGAAUUGGGGAAAAUUGUCUAGCGUAAUUAAUUAUUCCAUCAAACUAGAUGCUCAUUCUAUGGCUGCUCGUAUUCCGAUUAUAAGAUCGGAUGCUUUAAAUAUUGCACUUAGUUACCUUAACUUAGGAUCGGUAAUAGCGGUACCGACCGAUACUGUUUAUGGUUUAGCGUGUGAUGCUACCAAUCCCUCUGCUCUUGAUAAAUUAUAUGCUAUUAAAUGUAGAAGUGAAAGCAAACCUGUGGCUAUUUGCCUCGGUCAAAUAUCCGAAGUAAAGUUGUGGGCGAGAGUGAGUCAUCUUCCUAAAGAUCUACUUAGUGCGUUAUUACCGGGACCAGUAACUUUAAUUUUGGAGUGUAUUAAUAAGCUAGAUAGUUCAAUUAGUUGUCAGGGAAAGGUGGGAAUUAGAAUUCCGGAUCACAGUUUUAUCAAUUGUUUAGCCAUAGGACUGAACAAACCUAUAGCUUUGACUAGUGCCAAUUUAAGUAAUACCCCAAGUGCGCUGAAUAUUUUUGGAUUUGAAAAAAUUUGGGAUCGAAUUCCCGCCAUUUUUGAUGGUGGUAAUUUAGGUUCUGAUCCUAGCGCUUCUACAAUUGUUGAUUUAUCAACCAUAGGCUUGUAUCAAAUUGUUAGGGAAGGUGUAGCUUGCGGCAAUACUGUAAAAAUAUUAUCCGAUUUUGGUCUUAAAAGAAAAUAUGAAUAA